CAGGAAGCAGUUAGCCAGAAGGUUAUCGGCUGAACACAGAAGCGAGAGCAAAUAACGUUACAUUUCGCCCGUGAUAAUGGCGUUUGUUUUUUAUUUUGGCAACAGUUCAGUGAGGUAUAUCUCCACUUAAGAAGAAAAUACAGUCUUGGAGAAUCCCAUCAAACUAGCUAACUAAUGUAAAAUAAAAAAUAAAAAAAAAUAGCAAGUUGCCCCUGAAGAGCUAACAACGUUAGCCAUUUUCUUUGUUAAUUGGCUGGCUAGCGAGCUGAAACGUGUACCGGGCUACAUGUCAAUUUCCUCUUGUUUGCAAGCCUGUGUGUCUAACUAACUAUUGAUGUAACUAGGUAACAAGCGAACUAACGUUAACGACCAAUGAGUUACGAGGUGAUUGUGCAGGUCAGGCGUACACAGUAUAUCGUUUUUUCUGACCGGGGUCGUAUGAACAUCCCUGGUCUGUGUGCUGCAAGGAGCAGCUGUUGAGGAGUUCCCGGAUAAAUCCUCAUUAUCACGUCCAUCUGUGGAGCUAAUUGUCUUUAUUUUCUACUUGAGACGAGUCUGAUAGAAGAACAAGAACAUCUACAGACAAACCCGUGUUCGUAUCCAGGCGGUUGUCAUGCACCUGUAAUCCGCUUCCUGUCAGCCAGACAGCCGGGCCCAGCCACCCAGACCCAGCCACAGCGCUCCGGUCCAGUGGGUCCCCAUGGAGCCCAGUAAUGACGUAGCGUUGGAUAUCAUUAUCACCAAUGUGGUGGCUGUAUUCAGGACACGCUGCCACCUCAACCUGCGCACCAUCGCUCUGGAGGGGGUCAACGUAAUCUAUAAACCUGAAUAUGGGAAAGUCCUGAUGAAACUCCGCAAACCCAGGAUCACCGCUUCCAUCUGGUCUUCAGGGAAAAUCAUCUGUACCGGCGCUACCAGCGAGGAUGAGGCUAAGCAGGGAGCCCGGAGGUUAGCCCGCACCCUGCAGAAACUGGGCUUCAAGGUGAGGUUCUCAGAGUUCAAGGUGGUGAAUGUCCUGGCAGUGUGCUCCAUGCCGUUCGCCAUCCGACUCAUCGACUUCACCAAGAACAACCGGCCCAUCGCCAGCUAUGAGCCAGAGCUCCACCCCGCUGCCACCUACAGGAUCAAAACCCUCAAGGCCACCGUCCAGGUCUUCUCUACCGGCAGCCUUACCAUCACAGGACCAAAUGUGCAGGCUGUAGCCACGGCUGUAGAGCACAUCUACCCCAUGCUAUUAGAGUGUCAGAAACCCCUCCGCAAAUAACACACACGGAAAAACAAGAACGGAAUGGAGAGAGAAAGACAGAGGCUAAAAAGCACCUCAUCCAUUGGAUGCAUUGUAUUAUCCUCAACUUGUCUGCCCCGGCAACAGUCUGGGCCUUUGUCCUGAUUGGCUGGAUUUGUCCAGGAAGUCAGAAAGGCAGCUUCCGUCCUCCUACUGUCCAAUGACCUGUUGUCUUGGUGACAGCUACGCCCUCUGAACUUUGACCCUGGAUGACCUCUACAGUAUGACCUCUAACCUUUCACCUUUAGCAGCCAGCCAGCCAAUGAUGGCUGCUCCAGUGACUGAUUCACACUCAUGGUUGACUCUCCAAGCCAACCAUGAUUCCUUAUUAUUUUAGAUUUGAUGAUGUCACGGGCUGUGUUCCAAAUGGCAGCCUAUUCCCUAUAUAGUGUACUACUUUCAUGGGUCCUGGUCUAAGGUAGUGCACUAUGUAGGGAAUAUGGCCCUGGUCUAAAGUAGUGUACUAUAUAGGGAAUAGGCUUUCAUUAAUGCAUGGGCAGACAGACCAGUCUUCAACAUGACCUGUCCCACAGAACAUGACAGACCAGUCUUCAACAUGACCUGUCCCACAGAACACAAGGGUUUUAACAGAACAUGAUGUAACAGACAGACCAGUCUUCAACAUGACCUGUCCCACAGAAUGAGGGUUUUAACAGAACAUGACGUAACAGAUAUUUCCAUAAGAAGCUUUGACAGUCCCAUUUGACCGUGAUGUUGAACAGAGCCUUGUUUUUAGACCCUGUAGUCAUCUGCUCUAUUCAAAUCACUGGGAUUACAAAAUUCCUGUAACUUUCCACAAAUUCCCAGGUUCUCCGAAAAUCUCGGUCGGACGAUUCCAGAUGACCUGUUUCUUCUAUCCUUUCCUGGGAAAACUUCCUACAGUGAUUUCUUGAAAACCUGUGAAUUCUGGGAGAGUUGCCGGUGUUACGCAACCCGACAUGUCCCCCUUUAACCACAGAUCAGAUGUUUCCAUCCACCUUGGUAGUCUUUUACUUGAGAUGCGUCUUCUGGAAGAUUCCGUCCGUGAGUUGUUCAGGCUGGGGCUUUGAAUACUUGACAGACAGGUGGUGGUUGUUGAUCUGUGGAGAGAAACACCUGCUGGAAUGGGAAAUGCUUGUCCUAUUCCUGUCCUGAUUGUUGUAUGGUUGGACUUUUUUUGUAUUUUAUAAAUAAAAUAAAAUGUUUAAAAAAAGGGGAAAAAGGAACGUAACAAUAAAAUAAAUAAUCAGAGGAA